UGCAAUUAUUCUUCCAUAAUUUUUUCUUACCACCAAGAAUCUUCUCUCUUCCUCUGCUCUCCUCUGGAAGACAACGACAGCGUAGCUCCGGUGCGGAAUCUCUUCAUAAGAACCAUUGAUCCGCAAGGAGAGUUUACAGAGACCGCGAUCGAGCGCGCCGUGGACAAUGGAAGUGGUAAACAAGUACGUCUCCCUCAAGCACCACGUCAACGGCUACCCGUCGGAAUCCGACUUCGAGCUCGCCACCACGCCGCUGCAGCCCGCCCCCGGAUCCGGCGAAGUCAUCGUCAAGAACCUUUACCUCUCCAUCGACCCCUACCAGCUCAACCGCAUGAAGCGCUACAGUUCGUCUCACACGACCUGCCCCGCCGCCGCCCAAAUCGAGCCCGGGCAGAGGAUCAAUGCGAACGGGGUGGGGAGGGUUGUGUCCUCGGGGAGGGCGGAGCUGGAGGAGGGUGAUGUGGUGGCCGGAAUGCUGGGGUGGGAGCAAUACACGGUGGUCCGGCCGGGGACCGUCUUGAUGAAGGUGGACGCGAAGGAUCUCCCUCUUUCGUGCUACGCCAGCGUUUUGGGAACGAGUGGGUUGACAGCGUUCGCCGGUUUCUACGACGUUUGCAAGCCCAAGAAGGGGGAGAAGGUCUUCGUCUCGGCGGCGUCGGGUUCAGUCGGGAGCUUGGUCGGCCAGUACGCCAAACUCUCAGGCUGUUAUGUCGUCGGAUGCGCCGGGAGCAAGCAAAAGGUGGAUCUGCUAAAAGGCAAGCUAGGAUUCGACGACGCGUUCAACUACAAGGAAGAAGCCGAUCUCAAGUCUGCUCUGAGAAGGUACUUCCCCGAAGGAAUCGACAUCUACUUCGACAACGUCGGCGCCGCCAUGUUGGAGGCAGCAGUGGCCAACAUGAACUCGUUCGGCAGGGUGGCAAUGUGCGGGGCGAUAUCGGAGUACACGAACGCCGGCGAGAGAGCGGCGCCGGACCUGAUUGAUAUAAUCUACAAGCGCAUCACGCUGCGUGGGUUCUUGGUCUUGGACCACCUCCACUUGCAUGAACAGUUCUCGGCCGCCACCUCGGACCACCUUCGCCGUGGCAGAAUGAUUUCGCUAGAAGACGUAUCCGUCGGCAUCGAGAGCGUGCCGACGGCAUUUGUGGGGCUCUUCAGAGGUGAUAACGUAGGGAAGAAGCUCGUACGGGUGGGUGAAUUAGAAGGCUGAGCAUCAACUACUGAAAAUCCAUGUGUGUGUUGUUUUAAUUUCAAUUAAAUAUAUAAUAAUACUUUCGAUGGAACGUCAUUCAAUUUC